AUGCUGGGCUCUAUGAGGUUCGCGAGUGUGCUGCUGGCUUUUGCACAGCUAUUGGUAGUGGUUCAAGCCGUUUUGCCCAUCCAAAUUAAGAGUUAUAGGUUCAUCAAGGCUGGAUCUUCACGAAACAGUUCUGAUGAGAAUGAGGUUUUCUUUGUGAAAGGUGUGGAUUAUCAACCUGGUGGCUCGUCCGCUUAUGAUGGAUCUUCAGAUUCUGAUCUUUUCUCGGAUCCUGAGGUUUGUGCUAGAGAUGCAUUUGCGUUCCAACAGCUAGGUGUGAACACUGUUAGGAUUUACUCUUUGAACCCUGACGUAAAUCACGACGAAUGUAUGACGAUCUUUAACAAUGCGGGUAUUUAUGUGAUAUUGGAUGUCAACAGUGGUAAUUAUGGUGAAAACUUGGACCGUUCUAACCCUUCGGGAUCUUACAAUGAACAAUAUCUAAGAAGAGUUUUCAAAUUUAUCGAUGCUUUCAAGAAUUAUCCAAACGUUUUGGGAUUCUUUUCUGGGAAUGAAGUAAUCAACGAUGAUGCCGAUUUCGCAGAUAUCGAUCCUCAAUAUGUUCGUGCUGUUCAACGUGAUAUGAAGCAGUAUAUCGCUAAAAACUCGAACAGAUCCAUCCCCGUUGGUUACUCGGCUGCAGACAAUGUGCAGUUGAGAUUGGCUACGUUCAAAUACUUGCAAUGUAACUCUAUGGAUGGGUCUGUGAUAUCACAAGAACUGCAUGAGUCAAGAUCCGAUUUUUUUGGUUUGAACAGUUAUCAAUGGUGCUCUGGGACAUCUGACUGGCAGUCUUCUGGUUACGAUGAGCUGAAUAGCACUUUCAGUGAUGCGAUAAUCCCAUUGAUCUUCUCGGAAUACGGCUGCAACAAAAACUUGCCUAGAACUUUUGACGAAGUGCCAGAUGGGUUAUACGGUGGAUUGGUCGAUACUUUCUCUGGUGGUCUGAUUUUUGAAUACGCAGAGGCCGAGAACAACUACGGCUUAGUCGAUCUUGAUAGUUCAGAUGGGUCUUUGCAGUACAAAGAAGAUUUCGAGAACUUGCAAGGCCAGUACAAGAAUUUGACUCUACCACAAAUCAAGCAGGAUGAUGUUAAGAGUGAUUCAAUCUACAAGUGUGAUGCUUCAGAUAUUACUUCUGCAUAUUCUGGUUUUGGAACCAAGAAUUUCACUUUGCCUUCUCAGCCUGACGAAAUUGCUCAAAUGAUCAAGUAUGGUGUCAACAACACUAAUAUCGGCUCUAUCUUGACAAACUAUGAGGCUCCAACUUCGGUUAGCUACGGUAUCAAGGAUGCCAACGGUGAUUCUAUCUCGGCUACUAUCACUUAUGCUGAUGAAAACAAAGCAAAUCAGUUCGAUGUCACUACAACUUCGUCAACCACUUCCGUGGCCACUUCGUCUGCCACUAGAGGUACCACCACAAACUCAGGGUCGUCCACCGGUUCGACGAGCUCAACUAACUCCAAAAGCAAUGGCGCUGCCCUUGGCAACAUGGUACCAAUCAAAUCAGGUUUCCUGGCGCUUUUAAUCUCACUAAUCUCAGCAUUUGUGUGA